CUCCGGCGCCGGUUGUGGCGGGUGGGCACAGCUCUGCGUCUGAGGGAGCAGGUAACUGGGGGCGCCUAGCUAGGAGCAGGUAACUGUGGGCUCCGGGCUAGGACUUGGGGCCCCGGACCCGGGGGAAAAGCAAAGAAGCCGUGAGAGCUGUAGGAGGAGAGCCGGCGCUUGGGGGCCCCCGGGCAGUCCCGCCCCUGCCCUGGGAUCGGAACCCAGGCUCCGCUGGAGCACGAGCUCGGGAGUAGCUUUUGCUCCUGCGACCUCGGGUGGACUUGAGGACGACCAAGACACAGGAAGAUCGCGGCUGCUGUCCACUUACCACCUAGAGUUAAGGCAUGGCCCUGCAACACCAGAGAGCGAUGGGUACACUCACCACAGCCUGUCAGCCCCACACAGUCUGCCUUUCAGGGACAUUAUACAUAUAAAAAAGAUGUGAAGCUAUAAAGCACCCUGAGGUGACUUUCAAGAUGGACUCCACUCUAACUGCAAGAGAAAUCCGAGAGCGCUUUAUAAAUUUCUUCAAACGGAAUGAGCACACCUACGUCCACUCUUCCGCCACCAUCCCAUUGGAUGACCCUACUCUGCUCUUUGCCAACGCAGGCAUGAACCAGUUCAAACCCAUCUUCCUAAACACAAUUGACCCGUCUCACCCCAUGGCAAAGCUGAGCCGAGCUGCCAACACCCAGAAAUGCAUCCGCGCUGGGGGCAAGCACAAUGACCUGGAUGACGUGGGCAAGGACGUCUACCACCACACCUUCUUUGAGAUGCUGGGCUCCUGGUCCUUUGGAGACUAUUUCAAGGAAUUGGCAUGUAAGAUGGCCCUGGAACUCCUCACCCAAGAGUUUGGUAUUCCAGUUGAAAGACUCUACGUUACUUACUUUGGUGGCGAUGAGGCAGCUGGCCUAGAGCCAGAUCUGGAGUGUAGACAGAUCUGGCAGAAUUUAGGACUGGAUGAUGCCAAAAUCCUCCCUGGCAAUAUGAAGGACAACUUCUGGGAGAUGGGUGACACGGGCCCGUGUGGUCCCUGCAGCGAGAUCCACUAUGACAGGAUUGGCGGUAGGGAUGCCGCUCACCUAGUCAACCAGGAUGACCCCAAUGUGCUAGAGAUAUGGAACCUUGUGUUUAUCCAGUAUAACAGGGAAGCUGAUGGCGUUCUGAAACCUCUUCCCAAGAAAAGCAUUGAUACAGGGAUGGGCCUAGAGAGGCUAGUGUCUGUGCUGCAGAACAAGAUGUCCAACUAUGACACUGACCUUUUCCUUCCUUACUUCGAAGCCAUUCAGAAGGGUACAGGUGCCCGGCCAUACGCCGGGAAGGUUGGUGCUGAGGAUGUGGAUGGGAUUGACAUGGCCUACAGGGUUCUGGCUGACCACGCUCGUACCAUCACUGUGGCACUGGCCGAUGGCGGCCGGCCUGACAACACAGGACGGGGGUACGUGCUGAGACGGAUUCUUCGCAGAGCUGUUCGCUAUUCCCACGAGAAACUGAAUGCCAGCAGGGGUUUCUUUGCCACACUGGUUGAUGUCGUUGUGCAGUCUCUGGGAGAUGCAUUUCCUGAGCUAAAGAAGGAUCCAGACAUGGUGAAGGACAUCAUUAAUGAAGAAGAGGUACAGUUUCUCAAGACUCUCAGCAGAGGGCGGCGUAUCCUGGACCGAAAAAUCCAGAGCUUAGGAGACUGCAAGACCAUUCCUGGAGAUACUGCAUGGCUCCUCUAUGACACUUACGGGUUCCCAGUGGAUCUCACUGGACUGAUUGCUGAAGAGAAGGGCCUGGUGGUAGAUAUGGAUGGCUUUGAAGAAGAGAGGAAACUGGCCCAGCUGAAGUCACAGGGCAAGGGAGCAGGUGGGGAAGACCUCAUCAUGCUGGACAUUUACGCCAUUGAAGAGCUCCGGGCAAAGGGUCUGGAAGCCACAGAUGAUUCUCCAAAGUAUAAGUACCAUUCAGACUCCAGUGGGAGCUACGUGUUUGACUGCACAGUGGCUACCGUGCUUGCUCUACGUAGGGAAAAGAUGUUUGUGGAAGAGGUGGUCACCGGCCAGGAGUGCGGAGUGGUGCUGGACAAGACCUGUUUCUAUGCUGAACAAGGAGGACAGAUCUACGAUGAAGGCUACUUGGUGAAGGUUGAUGACAGCAGUGAGGAUAAAACUGAGUUUACAGUGAAGAAUGCUCAGGUCCGAGGCGGGUAUGUGCUGCACAUAGGAACAAUAUACGGUAACCUGAAAGUGGGGGACCAAGUCCGGCUGUUCAUUGACGAGCCCCGGCGGAGACCCGUCAUGAGCAACCAUACAGCUACUCAUAUCCUGAACUUCGCCUUGCGCUCGGUGCUUGGGGAAGCUGACCAGAAAGGCUCCCUGGUUGCUCCAGACCGCCUUCGGUUUGACUUCACAGCCAAGGGAGCCAUGUCCACCCAGCAAAUCAAGAAGGCUGAAGAGAUUGCCAAUGCCAUGAUUGAGGCAGCUAAGCCUGUCUACACCCAGGAUUGUCCCCUGGCAGCAGCAAAAGCCAUCCAGGGCCUUCGUGCUGUGUUUGAUGAGACCUACCCUGACCCUGUGCGAGUUGUCUCCAUUGGGGUCCCGGUGUCAGAACUGCUGGAUGACCCCUCUGGGCCCGCUGGCUCCCUCACCUCUGUUGAGUUCUGUGGAGGAACACAUCUACAGAAUUCUAGUCACGCAGGAGCUUUCGUGAUAGUGACCGAAGAAGCUAUUGCCAAGGGUAUCCGGAGGAUUGUUGCUGUCACCGGUGCUGAAGCCCAGAAGGCCCUUAGGAAGGCAGAAACCUUGAAGAAAUCUCUUUCUACCAUGGAGGCCAAAGUGAAGGCCCAGACUGCACCCAACAAGGAUGUACAGAAGGAAAUUGCCGACCUUGGUGAGGUCCUGGCCACUGCAGUCAUCCCCCAGUGGCAGAAAGAUGAACAACGAGAGACUUUGAAAUCCCUGAAGAAGGUCAUGGAUGACCUAGACCGGGCCAGCAAAGCCGAUGUGCAGAAGAGAGUGUUAGAGAAGACAAAGCAGCUGAUUGACAGCAAUCCCAACCAGCCUCUGGUCAUCUUGGAGAUGGAGAGUGGUGCCUCGGCCAAGGCCCUGAACGAAGCCUUGAAGCUUUUCAAGACACAUUCUCCUCAGACAUCUGCCAUGCUGUUCACAGUGGACAAUGAGGCUGGCAAGAUCACAUGCUUGUGUCAGGUUCCCCAGAAUGCAGCCAACCGGGGCCUAAAAGCCAGUGAGUGGGUACAGCAAGUUUCAGGCCUGAUGGAUGGUAAAGGUGGAGGCAAGGAUGUGUCUGCCCAGGCCACUGGCAAGAAUGUGGGCUGCCUUCAGGAAGCACUGCAGCUGGCUACUUCCUUUGCACAGCUCCGCCUGGGAGAUGUGAAGAACUGACGGGGUGGAAGCCUGUGCUGGGAAGCAUUUCUCCAGAGUGCAGGAGUCUGGCCAGAAGCUCCUCUGCCACGAAGACAUUGAGUCUUGGGACCUUUCAGCCCUAUCCGUCCUGAUCCAGCAGUAACUGGAACAUACCUGGAACUGUCCCAUGAUUCUCAUUGCUCCUUUCCAUUAAUGCUCUGAGCCAUAGAUGUCAUCACCAUCUGUCUAGAAUCACUACCCAGGAAUGCUAUUUAACAUCACAACCAUGUCUAGAUAAGGCCACUCUGCCAAUCUGAGGCUUCUAGGCCUGCAGGUAGGAAGCCUUUCUGCUGCAGAAAAUAAAAGGACCACGUGCAAUACCUGA